GAACCUUUGCGAGGUCACACUGGGAGAGAGGACUCUUUAAAGCGGAACACCAAGGGCUUCCGGUCGAUUCAGUUUGAAUUUCUGAGAAGCUGCGGCGAGAGACUGUCAGACAUGUCCACGCUGUUCCCCUCUCUCUUCCCCCGGAUCACCGAGACUCUGUGGUUCAACUUGGACCGACCCUGCGUGGAUGAGACCGAGCUGCACCAGCAGGAACAGCAGCACCAAACUUGGUUGCAGAGCAUUGCAGAGAAGGACAACAACUUGAUGCCGAUUGGGAAACCUAUUUUUGAGGCAGGAUAUGAAGAGGAGGACGAGGAGGAUGACGAGGAUGAGGAAGACAGUGAGGAAGACUCUGAAGAUGAAGAAGACAUGCAGGACAUGGAUGAGAUGAAUGAUUACAAUGAGUCACCUGAUGAUGGCGAGAUCAACGAGGUGGACAUGGAGGGAGCAGACCAAGACCAAGACCAAUGGAUGAUAUAAGACAAAAGAUGGUUUUACUUUCCAUCAGACUGAUGUCUGUCUGGCUCUGGAUUUCUGCUCCCCUCUUAAAGCCAUGACUGCUGCUUCUUGUACCAUGAUAUCCUUCAGAUGAGGGUUGGGUAAAUCCAGCACAAGGGUCUCAUGUAGAGCUGCUGUCAGCCUCAGAGCCUCGGGAUGUCGUUGGACUUUGGUCAGAGUGUCGCUCACAAGUUGUAUAAAAUGAAACAAUAGAUGUAAGUUUGAGCACAUGUCAGGUUUUUGUCAGCAUUUUCUGUGAACCUGUCAAAGCCGUUUCACACAUAUUUGAUGCCGUAAAACACUCAAGGUCCUACUGUUCAGUAACCAGUCUGGCACUUAUAGUGGCAUGAUGUCAUCCCAGUACAGUGACACUUUGAUCUCAUCAUAUCUUGUGUCUCAUGUGUCUCAGAGUCUCUGCACAGCUGACAGAGCACAAACUACAGUUCACUCAGCAAAAUAAUAUUUCACCACAGAGUUCAAUUCUGUCACACCGUUGUUUAUAUCAUGCUUUUAGUUAAAGUGUAAAAGAUGUUUAUUUAAUUUUUUAUCCUUUUAUGUCCUCUUUUAUGUAUACAUACGCUGGCCAUCCAAGUUGUCUCAUGUUUCUCUUUAAGGAUCGUUAACCAAGGCUUUCCUUGUUGAUAUUGAAAUGAAGGCCAUGACAGUUUGUAAUAAAUUAACUUAUUUUGACGAAA